AUGCCGAAACCCAAACCAACAAAGCGCGAUAGCGCGCCAUCCAACCGCGUAACCGAUUCCCGCUUUUCCAGUUUCGAAACAGAUCCUCGGUACCAGCUCCCUUCGAAAAAGAACGUGAAGACCAAGCUCGAUAAGCGCUUCUCGCGCGUUCUCAAAGAUGCCGAUUUCGUGGCAACGGCGAAAGUCGACCGCUACGGAAGGAAAGUGAAGACCGACGUUAAAAAGAAGGCUCUACAACGCCUUUAUGAGGACGAAGAAGACGACGAAGAGGAGGACAAGGAGGAGGAUGCUGAAGUCGAGGAUGACGACAUUGUUCGGCGCGAGCUAGAGAAGGCGGACGAGAAAUACGAUCCUGCGAGGGGCGGCGGCUUCUCCUCAUCUGAAUCAGAUGACGACUCAGAUGAAGAAUCUGAACCUGACCAAGAACCCGAAGGGGACGAUGAGGCGGAAGAAUCACGACCUGGUAUCCGCCUUCGGAAGGAGAAACAGGAGGUCGAAGCGGGGGAGGUUACCAACCGCUUCGCCGUCGUCAAUAUUGAUUGGGACCACAUCAAGUCAAUGGAUCUUUUGGCGUUAUUUUCGAGUUUUAUCCCGGCCGGUGGCCGCAUCGAGCGUGUUUCCGUCUACCCAAGUGAAUUCGGCAAGGAGAGGAUGCAGCGCGAGGAGGCGGAAGGGCCACCCCGGGAGAUUUUCAAGAAGGGUGAAGGUUCUGAUGAUGAGGACGACGAGGAAGAUUCCGCUUCGGAGAGCGAAGACGACGAAAGCGAUGUCAUAGAUUCCGACGAAGAGGUCAAGAAAGAGCUCCUGCAAGAGGGCAACGAUCAAGAUUUCGAUAGCGAUGCGCUCCGAACAUACCAACUCGACCGGUUACGAUACUACUAUGCCGUUGUCGUCUGCUCAGACAAGAACACGGCGCACAGGAUUUACAACGCCACGGACGGAAGCGAGUAUCUAUCUUCGUCCAAUUUCUUGGAUCUCCGCUUUAUCCCAGACGACGUCACGUUUGACGACGAGCCAAGGGACGAAUGCGACAGCGUGCCAUCCGGGUACAAGCCUGUGGACUUCGUGACGGACGCCUUGCAACACUCCAAGGUGAAGCUUACAUGGGACAUGCACCCGGAGGAAGUGGUGAGGAAAGAGUCGAUCAACAAAGCCUUCACAGGGAGCCGGUCGGAUAUCGCUGAUAAUGACCUGCGGGCAUACCUGGCGAGCGACAGCGAAAGCGACGGCGAGGAGGAGGAGGAAUUACCUGCAGCGGAAGCCGAAAGUGAGGAGGCCCCGCUAAGCAAAAAAGAACUUGCAAGACGCAAGAUGCGCGCGGCAUUAGGGCUCAGUGACGAACCAGCACCGAAGGGAUCCAAAUCAGGGCCGGUGGGCGAAAUGCAAAUUACAUUUGCUCCGGCUUUAUCUGGCAAACCGGAGAAGGAAGAGGUGGAAGAGACCACGAUUGAGAAGUACAAGCGCAAGGAAAAGGAGCGGAAGGAAAAGAAGAGGGCUUUGGCUCUCGCCAAGAGGGACGGUGCUGACCCCGACACGGUACAAGAACCACAGGCUGAAGAAGCCGGUGAAGACCUUGGGUUUGACGAUCCUUUCUUCACAUCCGAGGCGACACAACCGUCUAAAUCGGCAGUGCGUAAGGAGGAGCGUCUCAAAAAGCGUGCCGCCAAAGAACGGGAAGAGGCGGAGAAUGCGGCUCAAAAAGCACAACUCGAGCUUCUCAUGGCUGACGAAGGGGGCGGUGGUGCCCAUUUAGACCACUUCGACAUGAAGGAGAUUUCGCGAGCGGAGAAGCUGAAGGGGAAGAAAAAUAAGAAGAACAAGCAGGGUGCCGAAAAUCAGGGCGGUUUGCAGGAGGAGUUCAGCAUGGAUGUGGACGAUUCCCGGUUCAAGGCUGUUUUUGAGAGCCACGAAUUCGCCAUCGACCCGUCAAAUCCAAAGUACAAGGCGACGCAUGGCAUGAAGAAGCUGCUAGAGGAGGGCAGGAAAAAGCGCAAGACCGGGCCAGGGCAAUCACCAGCUGGCGAAAGAGAUCAACGAAACUCAAAGAAAGUCAAGGCAGGAGGAGACGUCGAGUUGAGCAGUCUCGUAGCCUCAGUAAAGAGGAAAGCAGUGGCAAGGAGGUGA